AAUAAAAAACAUAUCUAUAGCAAAAUAUGAUGAAAUGCCAGAUAUCAAAGUUACACCGCUUGGUGCUGGACAAGAUGUUGGACGUAGUUGCAUCCUUGUUUCUAUGGGAGGUAAAAACAUCAUGCUGGAUUGUGGAAUGCAUAUGGGAUUCAAUGACGAGAGACGUUUUCCAGACUUCUCCUAUAUAGUCCCAGAGGGACCAGCAACCAAUUAUAUUGACUGUGUCAUUAUUUCUCAUUUUCAUUUGGAUCAUUGUGGUGCUCUUCCAUACUUUACAGAGAUGGUAGGUUACACUGGACCAAUUUACAUGACACAUCCGACCAAAGCUAUUGCACCAAUUUUGCUGGAAGACAUGAGGAAGGUUGCAGUUGAACGUAAAGGCGAGAGCAAUUUUUUCACAUCACAGAUGAUAAAGGAUUGUAUGAAGAAAGUUAUCGCUGUCACGCUUCAUCAAUCUGUCAUGGUCGAUCCAGAAUUGGAGAUAAAGGCAUAUUAUGCUGGACAUGUUCUUGGAGCAGCUAUGUUUUGGGUCCGCGUAGGGUCGCAGACUAUUGUAUAUACAGGGGACUAUAAUAUGACGCCAGAUCGGCAUCUAGGUGCCGCAUGGAUAGACAAGUGUAGACCAGAUUUAUUAAUAUCAGAGUCGACGUAUGCUACUACGAUUAGAGAUUCCAAAAGGUGUAGAGAACGAGAUUUUCUCAAGAAGGUACACGAAUGCAUCGACAGAGGUGGAAAGGUGUUAAUCCCCGUAUUCGCCCUUGGUCGCGCUCAAGAAUUAUGUAUAUUACUGGAAACAUAUUGGGAAAGAAUGAACCUAAAAGUACCCGUUUAUUUCGCUCUUGGUUUGACCGAGAAAGCUAAUAAUUAUUAUAAAAUGUUUAUUACCUGGACUAAUCAAAAAAUUAAGAAAACGUUCGUACAACGGAAUAUGUUUGACUUUAAACAUAUAAAACCGUUUGAUAAAGCAUAUAUCGAUAAUCCAGGUGCAAUGGUGGUAUUUGCCACGCCGGGAAUGUUACAUGCCGGUCUCUCGCUUCAGAUUUUUAAGAAAUGGGCGCCUAACGAGUCUAACAUGGUUAUCAUGCCAGGUUUCUGCGUACAAGGCACUGUAGGUCACAAGGUUCUAAACGGCUCACGGAGAAUAGAAUUCGAAAAUCGACAAAUCGUGGAAGUGAAAAUGGCCGUAGAGUACAUGUCUUUCUCCGCUCAUGCCGACGCAAAAGGAAUAAUGCAGUUAAUACAGUAUUGCGAGCCAAAAAACGUUAUGCUGGUACACGGUGAAUUCGCUAAAAUGGAAUACUUAAAAGAGAAAAUUAAACAAGAAUUCGGUGUUAGCUGCUACAAUCCCGCGAACGGUGAAACCUGCAUUAUCACGACCACAUCCAAAGUCCCUGUGGAUGCUUCUCUAGCAUUGUUGAAAGCUGAAGCAAAGAGAUACUCAGCACUACCACCUGAUCCAAAAAGACGAAGACUGCUUCACAGUGUUCUGAUGUUAAGAGAAGAUGGUGUCUGUCUUGUGGAUGCAGAUGAGGUUGCAAAGGCUGCAGGUAUCACAAAACAUGUAGUUAGAUUUACAUCUACUGUACAAGUGAGAGAUCCUGGUCCAGCACAUGCUACAACCUUAAAACUAUUGCAGCCACUAAAAGAAAGAUUAUCAGGAUGGACAGUCCAAUUAACGGAUGGUUCUAUAUCAGUCGAAUCUGUUUUGGUGAAAGUAGAAGGAGAUGAAGAUGAUCAAAAAAGUGUUUAUGUUUCGUGGACUAAUCAAGAUGAAGAUUUAGGUAGUUAUAUUCUCGGAUUUCUGCAAACAAUGCUGAAUUAAAGAAAACGAGAAGAUUGCUGUCGAACAAACAAAUUUCGACCUGUGAUACCGAUAUAUGGUUUGCUAUUAUCAUUAUUAAGAGAAUGAUUAAAUCUAUUUCAUAUCUUGA